AUGUCGACUCUUCACCUUCACUCCGCUGCCACUUCUUCCCCUGCCUUCUCUCCGAUCACAUCUUCUCGUUUUUUCCAAACCUCUCGCAUCUCGCUCCAGAACGCCGUCCGCUGUAAGGCCACAGAAACAGUGAAGUUGGAGAAUGGGAGGCCGAGCGCCAGCGAGUUCGUCGUCAGCGGAAACUCGAUUCCGAGCUACGUCAUGGCGCCGAAUGCGCGGAUUCAGGAUUUGGUUAACCGGAACGACACGCGUCUGAGGAUAUUCUCCGGUACCGCCAAUCCUGCGCUUGCUCAGGAAAUUGCGUGCUACCUGGGCCUGGAGCUAGGAAAAAUUAAAAUAAAGCGUUUUGCUGAUGGUGAGAUAUAUGUUCAGCUCCAAGAGAGUGUCAGGGGUUGUGAUGUGUUUCUUGUGCAACCCACAUGUCCUCCUGCAAAUGAGAAUCUUAUGGAGCUUCUCAUAAUGAUUGAUGCCUGCAGGAGAGCUUCAGCCAAAAAUAUUACUGCUGUCAUUCCAUAUUUUGGAUAUGCCAGAGCUGAUAGAAAGACUCAAGGGCGAGAAUCCAUUGCUGCGAAGCUUGUAGCAAAUUUAAUUACAGAAGCGGGUGCAAAUCGUGUACUUGCUUGUGAUCUCCAUUCUGGCCAAUCCAUGGGCUAUUUUGAUAUUCCUGUGGAUCAUGUGUAUGGACAGCCUGUCAUACUUGAUUACCUUGCCAGCAAAACUAUUUGUUCAGACGAUUUGGUAGUUGUCUCGCCAGAUGUUGGUGGUGUUGCCAGAGCACGUGCUUUUGCCAAAAAACUAUCUGAUGCUCCUUUAGCUAUUGUUGAUAAAAGGCGCCAUGGGCAUAAUGUUGCUGAGGUGAUGAACUUGAUAGGUGAUGUAAGGGGAAAGGUAGCAGUUAUGGUAGAUGACAUGAUUGAUACUGCUGGGACUAUUGCCAAAGGUGCUGCACUGUUGCAUCAAGAAGGGGCAAGGGAAGUCUAUGCAUGCACCACGCAUGCUGUUUUCAGUCCUCCUGCUAUCGAGAGGUUAUCAAGCGGUUUGUUCCAAGAAGUUAUUAUAACGAAUACAAUUCCAGUGGCAGAACAGAACUAUUUCCCCCAAUUAACUGUCCUAUCGGUGGCAAACCUUCUGGGCGAGACUGUAUGGCGAGUUCAUGAUGAUUGCUCAGGUGGAAUUGAACCUUAUUCAAGUUUGGGCAUUGAUUGA